CUCGGACUUUCGAACAAAUAUACUUGUUUCCAGCACGGCGAAAGUCGGGAUUGCGAAUAACUUGCACUGCGUUCAACAGCGCAUGUGCUAGGCUAUACGCUGCGAGUGCAGUGUUAGAAGGACAUCGCUCACGAGCCACAUCUAUCGCAGUCCAGCCGGGUUUAGUCCUUCGGAUUUCGCUGGUCAUCAUCAUCUCGUCAGAGGGUUUCCCCAGUCGGCAGUCUUCCGACUGCUCACAGUCUCACUUGCAUCCGCGGUGCGUGUGCAGAAGGAAAGUCUUGCAAGCCGGACGUUGGUGGUGAUAACGGUUGAAAAGGCUGGAUGAUAUAGACGGGUGAUAUAGACACAGGAAGACCGACCUAUCAUCCAUCAUGAGUCGGCCGCGCUUCUUCACAGCUCCUCGCAAAGGAGAGAACUUUGAACUUCUCGCAGAUCUCAAUUCCGAGUAUCGGGACCGGCGCAAAGAUGCGAUCAAGCGGGUCAUUGCCAACAUGACUAUCGGGAAAGAUGUCUCUGGCCUAUUUGCGAGCGUGCUCAAGAAUGGCCAGACCGAAGAUCUGGAACAGAAGAAGCUCGUAUAUCUUUACCUGAUGAACUACGCCAAAACCCAACCGGAGCUGGUUAUUUUAGCUGUCAACACAUUUGUCAAGGACUCAGAAGAUCAGAACCCACUCAUUCGCGCACUCGCAUUACGGACAAUGGGCUGUCUGCGCGCCGAGAAGAUCAUCGACUACCUCUCAGACCCCUUGACUAAAGGGCUCCGAGAUGAGAAUCCGUACGUCCGCAAAACCGCCGCCAUAUGCGUCGCCAAGCUGUACGACCUCAAGCCGGAGCUUGCGGUCGAGAACGGCUUCGUGUCACGCCUGCAAGAGAUGGUCGGCGACUCAAAUCCAAUGGUCGUCGCCAAUGCCGUCACAGCGCUCACCGACAUCCACGAGGCGGCCUGCGAGGCGGACCCUUCGGGCCAAGCGAGCGUCUUUGUCAUCGACAGCGGCAUCCUACAGAAGCUCCUCAUCGCGCUCAACGAGUGCACAGAGUGGGGCCGCAUCGCCAUCUUGAACUCGCUGGCGAGAUACAAGAGCACAGACGAGCAGGAGGCCGAGCACAUCUGCGAGCGCGUCAUGCCGCAGUUCCAACACGCGAAUGGCAGCGUUGUACUCGGAGCUGUCAAGGUGAUCCUCAUCCACAUGCAAAAAGUCAACAAACCCGACUUUAUCAAGCAACUCAUCCGCAAGAUGGCGCCACCGCUCGUGACGUUGAUAUCCUCCGCGCCAGAGGUACAAUGGGUGGCACUACGCAACGUCAACCUCGUCCUGCAGCGGCACCCGGACCUCCUCAACACGGAGCUACGGAUUUUCUUCUGCAAGUACAAUGAUCCGAGCUACGUAAAACUCGAGAAGCUCGAGAUCAUGAUCAAGCUUGCAAAUGCGCGCAACGUCGACAUGCUCCUGAGCGAGCUGAAAGAGUACGCGUCCGAGGUGGACGUUGAUUUCGUCCGGCGGUCGAUCCGCGCGAUCGGGCAAUGCGCUGUCAAGAUUGAUGAGGCGGCUGAGCGGUGCGUGCACGUCCUGCUGGACCUGAUCGCGACGCGUGUCAGCUACGUCGUGCAGGAGGCGAUCAUCGUGAUCAAGGACAUCUUUCGAAAAUACCCGUCCAAUUACGAGGGCAUCAUCCCGACACUUUGCGCGAACCUUGACGAUCUCGACGAGCCAGAGGCAAAGGCGUCACUGAUCUGGAUCGUCGGCGAGUAUGCCGAGAAGAUAAACAAUGCGGAGGAGCUGCUCGCGUCGUUUUUGGACAACUUUGUCGAGGAACAGCACCAGGUGCAGUUUCAGACGCUCACCGCGACCGUCAAGCUUUUCCUCAAGAAGCCGGACAACUCGCAGACGAUCGUGCAGCAGGUGCUCGAGAAGGCCACGACGGAGUGCGACAGCGCUGACAUCCGCGACCGCGCGUACAUCUACUGGCGCCUGCUCAGCAGCCCGGACACCAACGCAGGGCGCAGCGUCAUCCUCGCUGAGCGACCGCCGAUUUCCAUCCCGCUCUCGACGCUCUCGCCAGCACUGCUCGACGAGCUGCUCUCCGAUCUGUCGUCGCUGGCUAGUGCAUACCACAAGCCAGAGUCGACAUUCAUUGGCAAAGGCCGCGUCGGCGCGGAUGAGAUGAGCAAGAAGGUGGCUGAACACGACGAUAUUACACGGGAGAAAGCGCUCGCAACGGUGGUACAAGGUGCCAAUGCGGAGAACCUGCUCGACUUUGACGAUGACACGAGCAGCGGGUCCGUGGCGCAACACCCAAAUGCUGCGACAGGCGGGCUCGGGGGGCUGGAGGACCUCCUAGGUGGGAAUGAUGUGCUGGGCGGCCUCGACGGCUUGAGUCUCUCGGCUGCACCUGGCGCGGGGGCCUCGUCAGCAGCGGCAGCGGCAGUGCAGUCUACGCAGCUAAAUGACCUACUUGGGCUGUGA